GGGUGGCUGCGGGGGUAACAACAUGGCGGCGCCCACGGCCGGCGGUUGCUGAUGACCAAAUUGCGGCUGGAAUCAAUCCUUCUGGAGAUUUAGAAACACACUGGCGCCGGGAAACGGCUGUAAGAAAAAAAUGUGGGGCUGGACCCUCAGAGAAUAUACUCUAUUCACUGUGCACAAUGUGGUCUCGACGUAGAGGAGACUGGGUGACUGCUUUGUGGAACACCUCCGUUCAGUCCGCAAGGGUUUCGCUAGCUUUAAGAGAAGGUCGAAUCAGUCCAACUGAGCUCUGCCAAAGAUGUCUCUCUUUAAUCAGGAACACAACUUUCCUGAAUGCCUAUAUCACUGUCUCCGAGGAGCUUGCCAUGAAACAGGCUAGAGCAGCAGAGAAAAGGUUGCAAAGAGGAAAAUCUCUAGGUCUCUUCGAUGGUGUUCCAAUUGCUGUUAAGGAUAACUUCAGCACAGCUGGUAUUGAGACCACAUGUGCAUCAAAUAUGUUAAAAGGCUAUGUUCCUCCUUUUAAUGCUACAGUAGUCCAGAGGUUACUGGACCAAGGUGCUGUACUUAUGGGAAAGACCAAUCUUGAUGAAUUUGCAAUGGGGAGUGGGAGUAUUGAUGGCAUCUUUGGACCAGUGAGAAAUCCUUGGGGAUAUUCCGAACAGUACAGAGAGCAACUCGGUCACGACCACAAAAUGGAAGACUCAGAUUGGGUGAUAGCAGGCGGUAGUUCUGGAGGUAGUGCGGUAGCAGUUGCUUCGCUGACGUGUUUUGCUGCUUUAGGUUCAGAUACAGGUGGUUCCACGCGCAAUCCUGCAGCCCACUGUGGUAUUGUAGGUUUCAAGAGCUCCUAUGGUUUGCUUUCUCGUUGUGGUCUCAUACCAUUAGUCAACUCUAUGGAUGUUCCUGGUAUUAUGACCAGAUGUGUAGAUGAUGUAUGCACGGUACUAGGUGCGCUUGCUGGGCAUGAUCCCAAAGACUCCACCACCAUACAGGACCCAUUUGAACCCUUUGAAUUACCUGAUGAGAUAGAUGUCAGAAAUCUGUGUGUGGGGAUUCCCAAGGAAUAUCAUGCCCCUGGAUUGUCUACCGAGGUACUGAAAAGCUGGACAAAGGCUGCUGACCUAUUUGAAAAUGCAGGUGCCAGAGUUGUUGAAGUCUCCCUACCUCAUACCCAGUAUUCUAUUGUGUGCUAUCACGUCCUAUGCACAACAGAAGUGGCAUCAAACAUGGCACGCUUCGAUGGAUUAGAAUAUGGACACUGCAGUGAAAUAGAAAGUUCCACAGAAGCCUUGUAUGCAGCAACGAGACAUGAAGGAUUCAAUGAUGUUGUCCGCGGAAGAAUCCUGGCAGGAAAUUACUUCCUUUUAAAACAGAAUUAUGAUCACUAUUUUGUAAAAGCCCAGAAAGUGAGACGUCUCAUUACCAAUGAUUUUCUGAAGGCAUUUGAAUCUGGCAUUGAUGUCCUUCUUACACCCACAACUCUCAGCGAUGCCUCCACAUAUCUUGAGUUCACCAAAGAAGAUAACAGAACAAGGAGUGCCCAAGAGGAUAUUUUUACCCAAUCUGUAAACCUGGCAGGUUUGCCAGCUGUAACAGUCCCUACUGCUCUAUCAAGAAGAGGAUUGCCACUAAGCAUUCAGUUUAUUGGACAGGCUUUUUGCGAUAAGCAACUCCUGACAGUCGCCAAAUGGUUUGAACAACAAAUGAAUUUUCCACACAUUAACCUCCAAGGACUGUUAAAUAAUUGCAGUGAGAUUCGUAAAUCUCCCAAUUCAAUCUGAGCUUUCUGAUAUUUCCAAAAUCUUGAUGGCUCCAGCAAUUUAAAAGCAUGAAAGUUUGAAAUGACUUUUUCUUUAAAAAUUGAAGCUUAAGUGUCACAAACACAGUAUAUGUUUUAAUAUUACAAGAUGGAAUGGAAGAA